CUGUUCAUUGUUGUGAAAGAAAUAGAAGCGAGUAAAGACAUUGAUCAAGGACAGCUCGAGACAAAUUGUGCAUACCACAGAGAGAGAGACAGCAAGUCAUAGAGAGGUCUCGUUCCCGAAUAAAACUGUGUGGAACUUUUAACAACUUUACUGGCAAUGGGUUGUUACGAAUGCUGUGUGAAAUGCUUGGGUGGGAUUCCCUAUGCCUCUCUCUUCGCCACCCUGCUCUGCUUUACUGGGGUGGCUCUGUUCUGCGGCUGUGGGCACCAGGCACUGACUGAGACCGAGCGGCUCAUUGAGACCUACUUCUCUCGAAACCUGCAGGACUACACCUCGCUGGCCUACAUAAUCGUGUAUUUCCAGUAUAUUAUCUACGGGACUGCUUCCUUCUUCUUCCUGUACUGUAUCAUCCUGCUGGCAGAGGGCUUCUAUACCACCAGUGCCAUCAAGGAGACAUUUGGAAACUUCAGGUCCACCUUAUGUGGGAGAUGCCUGAGCACCACGUUUAUUGCAGUGACCUACCUGCUUGCAGUGAUCUGGCUUCUUGUGUUUGCCUGCGCUGCACUGCCUGUCUAUAUUUUCUACAACAUGUCGUCAACUUGCCAGACCAUUACCAUCCUGUCUGAGACCAGCUCAGGACUCAACCAACUCUGUGUGGAUGCCAGGCAAUACGGAGUCUUGCCCUGGAAUGCUACACCUGGAAAAGUCUGUGGGAUGACAUUGGUAGCUGUUUGUAAAACUAAGGAGUUUGACAUGACCUUUGACCUGUAUAUAGCAGCCUUUGCUGGAGCUGGAGCGACUCUCGUUGCACUGCUCACCUACAUGAUGUCCACAACCUAUAACUUUGCUGUGCUGAAGUUUCUGGGGCGACAGGGUAUCUGCACUAGGUGCUAGUUUCUCCAGUCUCAAACUGUCUCUUAACACACAACGCUGAGCUUCCAAUUCUGGUCUAGUACAGUCAGGACUUUCGAAAAGAUGUCAGGAGUUGAAUGAAACUCUUACAUAUAAACUGUUCAUAUUUUUUAUUUGACAUUUUUACAAAACCGUGUUAAAAUAACCUAAAAAGUAUUCCAAAUUAGGAUUAGAUAUCCUUAAAUUAUAUUUGAAUAUCUGUCAGGUAAGAGUGGAAUGAAUCUUCUUCCCAAUUCAGGAAGUCCAGCUGCUGCCUUUCUGUUUUAAAAGAUUGGAUAAAAGCUGCUAAUUUUUUAUUAAAAAAUAAAUAAAUAAACAAGCUAUUAUAAGGCUUUUGAAUAAUUUAUAUUCUAACAAGCUGCUGACUGUACUAGGCUUAAAUGAGGGUAUAACCUGUACUUUACAUGCUUUGUUCUGUGUGAAAUGAAAGAUUUCUUGGUCCCUUUUCCCUGUCUGCACAAAUCUCUCACUGCUGUCCUUAAACAUUCCAUUGAUCAAUACUAUACUGUAAUUCCUGAUGGAUUACUACUGCCAGCUAUGUUUUGAGGGCCUGUUAACUAAACUUUGCUUUUGAAGCAGCAGAUGGUAAACCAUACAUGCUGGUUACCAUGGCAUCACUUUUGGCCCAUGCUUACUUUCACAGCAUCCCUUAUAGCUAAUGCCAAGUAGUUAUGGUUGCUGUAGACUUGACUGUAGCCUGUUGGCCUCAUAUCUGGGAUACUGUGUGUGGGAUAGAUUCUUAGUAUUAGCCUAGUGUUCCAUCUUAGAAUUGGGAAUGUGUAUAUGACUGUUCGAAUGUGGGACUGAUAUUGAAAGUCCAUGUAAAGAAAUUAAUCCGGUAAGUAUAAACGUGCUUAAGUUAUAGCAUGCCAAUCCAACCACCUUUUUGUUCUUCUGAAAAGCGUAGAUUACUCAGAGUGCUACCAUAUGAGUUUGGGUCUAAACACCUUGGCUAAAAAACUUAUUUUGACAGUUGCUUUUAGAUGGUUAUCAGAACCCCCUUAAAUUAGUUUGUCUAACAGUUGAGAUCAAUAGACCUCAUUUUGUUUCGCAUCAAAAGUUUGAGCCAUUUUCUUGGGCACUAGAACUGUUUCUUCAAAUUCUAGAACUCACCUUUUGUGCAUUUCCAUUUCUUAAGUAGGUAUCACAUUUUUUUGAGAGUAUCAUUAAAGGUAUUUUUAUUGUAAUACAGAAGUAAUUGUUCCUCCUGGUGUCAACUGCAUCAUCAAUGUGACCCAGGUACAACAGAGUGAGCCUAUAUCCUAUUAAUGAAGCAGUUGAAUGAUCGCAAGUUGGACGUUCUGUUCCUGAUUUUUGUUCCCAGCUUCCAUCAAGGCCCUAAAGUACCACUGAUUUACAUAUUCCAAUUGUUCCUAUUAAAUCUGGAUUGGCCCUCUAGGGCCGGAAUUAGGAAUCCAUGCUUUAUGCAUUCAAAAACAGACUACAACACUGGGAAGAGAGUGAUGGGAGGAUUUCAAAACCGUAGUUAGUGGCUUAUUUUGUUCUGAACCUACCCAAAGCUAAAUGUGCGAAAACCCUUAUUGUGUACCCAUGAAUCUUAAUGCAUUUCUGCAGCACUUAACUGUAAUAUAAUAACCAGAUUCUAUAAACUUUCUUAACGGGAACGUUUGUGGAAGGUGCUAUUGAAAGGGGCUUUGUUAAGGUUUAACUCUAUUCAACCCCUUUUAACAAUCUUUUUGAAAUUAUUGCUAAACACAAAAGCGUGCAUUUGUAUAUAUUAACUACUCUAGCUCUACAGCACUUGUGUGGCUAUUCAAGUAGUGCCUGUUACAUCAUUAGUGGUGUUUUAUAUGAAAAAGGAAGGUUCUGCCUUUAAAGGUGUUGACUGUUACUGUAAUUGAACUGUAAGGCUGAAAUGUGUCAGUAGGCAGGUAUUUUUGGUAAUAAAAGAUGGUCAAAGAUGGUAAAAAAGG